GGGGUGGUCUACCUAUGUUGAGCAAAGAUGGAGGCGUAGGCUAGAUCCAGUGCAAUAAGGAAGUUUGCCAUGGGUAGUGUUUUAAAAAUGUAGACCUGAUAUUUUACUACCAUUUAUAAUUUUACUCUUUGUUCUUAACUACAUACUACUUCUCCCAUACCCAUAGGGCCAAAAGGCAGCAGAAUUGAAAGAGGAAGUGGUAGCAUGUAGGGUAUGUGGCACACUGAGGUGCAACUUCAAAAAGGGCUGCGAACGUUUGUUGGAAAUCAGGUCUCGUUUACAUAUGUACAGUACUUAAACUCGCAUCCAUGUCCCUAAAACACCAAACAGUAAGAAAUACCAAACACUAUCUGUGUCAGCUGACCUCAAGAUCUGCUAUGGAAGGCCAAAGUUUGAACUUGAGACUUAAAAAACUAAGUGCUGAGAUUGGCCAGGCAACUGGAGGUGAAGUUAUUUUCGCUAAUGUUGAUUCCGUCGAAGCAGAUGAUAUAGAAGUCUACUUCAUUGAGGACCAUACCGGAUGGCGAAACAUAGCCAAAAUUAAGGAAAAUGGAGUACUUAGCAAUAAUAUCAUGUUUUAUACCCCAUCUUACAUGAAUGAAAACAUUACAUCCAAUGUAAAAGUUACUGUACAGCUACGAAGGCCAUCUGACGGUGUCUGGAGUAAUGCCCUUCCGUUUACCUUUGUCCCAUCAUUAACUAACAAAGACAUACCACUUGAGAAACAAAUGGACAUGCAUUCCAACCUGAAAGCCACUCAUUUUGCUGACUCAUCAGAUUCAGUCGAUCAAGAUGUUCUUAGAGAAUCUAGCAAACCUGCCAUCCAAAAUCCAUCAAAGAAGUGUCAAAAACUUCAUAAGGUCAUGGAACGUCAGAAGACAAUCGACAAUGAUACUUGUAUCAUCUCUGGUGAAUUUUACCAUGAAGUGAAGUCAUCCGAAGUCAAGCCAAUCAAAUAUAAUUUACCCAACACUGACAUUCAGCAUAAGAACAUUUCCAGAUUGCAACAAAAACGGUUUUCUUCAGAGGACAGUGGUUUUGGAAGCAUUACAUUCAGUAAUGAGGAACAGUCAAUUGAAGAUGUCCAUAGAAUGUCAAAGACUGAGGAGUUUGUACCAAAUUUAGACAGUCAGCAAUCAACCAAAAAUGUGUUAGACAAUGCUUCCGAAAACAAUAGUGAUGUUGAUGUAGAUUGCCUUUUAUUUCAAAAUGAAGCGAAAGAAUUUAUUUCUUCUAAACCAAAUUGCAUUUCAAUGUUGAAGCAUAACGUCGUUGAAAAUUCGCUUGAAUCAACUUCACCAUUUACAAGCUCCCAAGAUAUAGGAAGUGGUGGAAUCACUGGUUGCAAUAUCCACUUCUCACCAUUAGCAACCAAAACAGAAGUAAUUCCACGCAUUAAGGUAGAUUGUUCAGGUGCAUGCAUUAAACUUCCAGGUACUGGUGUACAAUUAAUCAUUCCUCCAUAUGCGAUUCCGGAAGGAAGUAAUGCCGAGAUUGGACUGGCUUUGGACAGCUGGAAUGAUUUAAAUAUUCCAGGUGAAGACAAGAAUGAAGGCUCCAUAGCUCCAAUCAUAACAUGUCUUCCUCAUAACUAUCACUUUCAGAAGCGUGUUUUAAUUGUGUUUCCUCACUCUGUAAAGGAGACAGUUGAAGAGAAGGAGUGUCUAUAUACCAGUAACAAUGUUAUUGAUGGAAAGAUACAGUGGAGGGAAACCAACUACAAUCAAGAUGGCACAUCUCCAAUUCUGUUUCUGAAAUAUCAAUAUGCCUAUUUGUUUGUAGGCCAUUUCAGCUUUUUCACAAUUACUCUACCUUCAGGAGAAGAAUGUAAUGCUAAAUACAUGAGGAUUGUAGUCUUUGCAAAUGAGCUUCCUGAUCUUGAUACCAAUCAGAGUGUCCGUAUUUACUGUCAUGGAGAGCGGGAUGAUGAAAUCAAGAAGGUAGUUGAAAAGGAAGAAAAAGAUAUUGGUGGAAUUAAAAAGAUUUUCAAGGCCAAAUUUGAGCUGAUUCAGAAGUCUGAUUCUGUCUUGAAAAUCCGUAUUGAAUAUGAAAAUGGGUGGCUUUUGAAGUCUCCUGAAAAAGAUAAGUUGCUGAAAGGACUAUGGAGAAAAGACUUUGGGCAUUGCCAAUACAUUUUUGCAAACAAAGGAGAUAUGAACAGUUUUUAUUGCAGAAUUUUUGUCCAGCAAGUUGACUACGGCGAAGAGGAGCUUUUGGAAUUUUCAAAUGUAGUAAAGGCCCCCAUAAGAAAAUCUACUGCUGAAUGUUUAUCUUCUUCUUUUGGUGUGACUGAAAAUAGAGGAAAGCAAUCAAACAAUGAUUUUGAAACUCCCAUAGGAAACCGACAUCCAAGUACAGAUAGUGGCCAUGCAUCUUUUCAUAGCGAAAUGUCUUACUAUACAGUUAGUCAUUCCACUGGUCCACACCCCAGCAAUCCUCCUUCAAGUUUAAGAACUCCUCAUUAUGCAGUGCCAAGACAACUCUCAUGUCCACCCAAUGUGUAUCCAUAUUUUCUAGCAAAUACACAGAUUCAUCAAGGUGCAAAUUUACCUACUGCGUUACCUUCAAAGGUGCCCUAUGCACUUCGGACGCAACUGUGCCAAUUGCUAGAUCCUGAUAUGCCUGGUGGAAAUGAUUGGAGAUUCUUAGCAAGUGAAUUAAAGUCUGAACAUCUGAUUAGAAAGUUGGAGUCAACAUCUAAAGAACCUACUUGUGCAGUGCUGCAAGUCUGGGAAUCAAGAGAUGAGCCAAUAGAGAUGUUGGUGAAACAUUUACAUGCAAUUAAACGUCUAGAUGCUGCCAAUUUGGUAGAGAAUCACAUCGCUGAGACAAACCAAGUCACAAAACAACAAGUUCUUUCCUCUAAUAACCAUCUUGGCAUAUGUGCCCAAGGUGCAUUUCCCAGUAAUCCCAAUGUACCAGCAGGUUCACUAAACCAAUCAUCAACCCCUCAAGGAAGACUAGUUGGAUGCCAUGACUAUCGAAGUAGCCCAGAGGAAACUGAUGGUGUAUCCAAUGCAGUACAGAUGUUAAUGUCGACAUCUUCUUCUACAUCUAGUAUUUCUGUAACCCCAGAUGAACCAUCUUUUCACCAAACAUCUUCUGAUGUAUUUUAUGAUACAAAUUUUAAUCAAGAUAUCUCAACAAUCACCAGAAACACUGAAGAUUUAGCAGUACAAGAUAAUUUAAAUGCAUUAAUUUCAAGCAAUAUUAACUGACAUGUGGUUUUUUUUGUUUGUUUUUUGUUUUUAAUCUGGUUACUUGUGGUGGAGUGUGUUUUCUACAUGUUAAAUUCCUGCUUAUUAAUCAGUCAGUAUUAUUAGUUACACUUUUUGUGUUUACUGCGUAGCAGUACAUGUAGAUUAUACAGUAUUAUGCUAUCGCCAGUGUAACUGGCUAACUCAUGUUGGUGCAAGACCCGACCGUACCCAAAGCGGCAUAUGUUCAGUGACUGGCACAUUGUGUUAUAGAUGGUUUUGUAGUUUUCAAUGGGAUGGUGUUGAAAAUUUCCAUCUCGACGCAUCAAGGCAUUUGAAAGUUACCCCAAAAUGACAAGGUGGGAGCACAUGUAAAACACAGCAAGUUCCAGCAGGCCAUUGCUGUGAGCCUACGAAUGCAGCGCAAGAUAGUUUCAAAAUGUAUUCUUAUGAAUUUUUUUGUUUUCCCCUAUAAUCUAUCAAAUAUGCAGCAGAAAUCAUAGAUGUCCUACAGGUUCAUCCACUUUGCAUUUCCCAAAGAUAGUACAUUACUAGGCAGUGAACACUAUUUUUAAUUUUAUCUAUACUGCGUAUCAUUAAUUAAACUGUUCUGUACAGGAAGCAGAGUGAUAAAUAGUUUAUUAGGCCACUGAACUGUUGAUACUAAUUUAGGUAGUAUAAGGUUUGAUUUUUACAAAAAUUCCUCUCUUUUAACUAGGCAUGGUUGGCCAUUGAGCCAGUGGAAUUAAAACUUAUCUUUGUAUAUAUAAUAUGCAUAUAUUGUUUAAUAUUUAUAGUGCUGUUAAACAGUAUAGUUUUUCAGUUUGUUUUCAAUCAAAAUAAAAGAAAUUUGUUAGCUAUGAUUGAAUAUGUAGUUCCAUUUUGAUUUGAAGUAGAUUCAGUAAACCAGAUACUUACAGUAAAUGAGGCAGAGGGUUUUAAGGCAUAAGGUCAUAAAUUACCAUACUUCUCUGGUUGAAACCUAAAAAUGCAUAUCUGCUUUAAUAUGUUUUGGUUAAACAAUUCAUUUAAAAUUGAUACUUUAAUUAACUAAUUGGUCAAUAUGCGUAUAUUUGACUACUUGUAUAGGCAUUACAUUAGACUUACACUGCUUUGCAUGUUAUGUCUACAUAUUAACAAAACAAAUAAUAUAUGCAGUGGUUCAAAAACUCUGUUUCAAAUCUUUAUUAUUAUUACGGCUUAUCAUUUAAAUAUAUAGUAGUUCAGACAGAACAUUCAGCUGUUGGGCUUGUGGGAUGUGAACAAACACAUUUAAUACUUUGUAUUAUGUUUUUUUUAUCCACUUCCGUAGUAAGUAGUUAUUAAUUCACUUUAGACAAACAGCAAGAUAGUAAAAACUAUUUACAGUUCUUAAACUGUAUCACCAAAUGUAGUUAGAUUAUUUUACCACAACUUAUUUUCUGAUAAGGUAAUAUGUAGCAACGACUGGAUGUUAAUGUUGAUGAUAAUCUGGAGUUUGCAUCUGAAUUCAUUGUGUAUAUUUAUUUUUUGUCAAUGUUUAAAAAAUGAAAUGCUAAAAUGCUGAAAGGCUAACAAAUUAUGAAGACAGCAAGAUUAAGAAACAACAUUGUGUCAAUAUAAAUUGAGUUAUUUAAAAAAAAAUGUGCCAAGCAUUCCAUUAGACAUAUGCUGCUCUACGGAAUAUCAAUUAUUACAACUUGAAAUUUAAUCUCUGGAUUGUAUGUUGCUGAACAUUAAAUGUUCUUAUGGUAAGAAUGUGAUUUAGUGUAUUUCAAAUUAACUGGAUAAAAUUGAUAAAUAUUACAAAUGUAUAUUUCACAAAAAAAAAAUAAAAAUACAUUUUUACAGAUUUUUAUAAAUAUCUUUUAUGCAAUUUGAUCACAAUUUUAUAAAUUUAGAUUUUGAAGUAGUUUUUAAGUAAAUAAGAGAAGUAACAUUUCUAAGUCUACUUUUUAAAAGUAAUUUGAUGUGUUUUAUAUAGAAAAUUAUACUUUUAACAAUUUACAUAGUGGGUGCACAGUUUAGACUAAUGAUUAAGACAUAUUGUAGUAUAA